AUGGCUAUACAAGGUUGCUCCUUUUCACCCCAUUUCAUAUUUCACCAAUCUGCUCCCCUCAGAAAGCCUCUUUCUGGAAUGGUGAUGCUUAGAAAAACUGGGCUUCCUGUCAAGAAAACAACCAGAUUUCAGAUCACAUGCUGCAUAAAAGACCUGGUUUUUGAAGAUCAUUCAGCAGGUAUAAUUUGCUAUAAAAAUGACAGAGGAGAGAUUAUAUGUGAAGGUUUCGAUGAGGGUCCUCGUCUACAACCACAGUAUCCUUCAACACUCUUACCUUCAAGGGAUGACGCCGAGAUCCAUGACAGUCUUCAGCAAAGAUUGCUGCAGAUUUUGGAUGGAGAAACUGCAAACUCUAACGCCUUGUUAGGGAACAAGUCUUGUAAUGGAUUCAAUACGUUGCAUUGA